AUGCGUCUCAAUCUUUCUUACAACGAUUUCGAGGGACAAUUACCGAUGAACGGAAUCUUCCAAAACGCAACAUCCUUUUCAAUUGAUGGAAAUAUCAAGCUUUGUGGUGGUGUCUCAAAAUUAAACCUACCUUCAUGCACUAUAAAAAAAUUUCAUAGCCCUAAAGUGAUUAUCCCUUUAGGUAGUGCACUAGUAUUUGUACUCUUUCUAUCUUGUUUUGUAGCAAUCUUUAUGAGAAAAAGAUUAGGAAAGAAAACUUCAAGAGAAAGAGUUACUACAAAGGAAUUGGAACUGAAUAUUUCCUACUCGGAAAUUGUGAGGUGCACCGGUGGAUUUUCCGAGGAUAACUUGAUUGGCACGGGAAGUUUUGGUUCUGUAUAUAAAGCAACUCUUGUAAGCAAUGAAGCAGUUAUUGCUGUAAAAGUGUUGAAUCUUGAACAGAUAGGAGCUUCAAAAAGCUUCAUUGAUGAAUGCAAUGUUCUGAAAAUGAUAAGGCACCGCAACCUACUCAAGAUCAUAACUGCUAUCUCAGGUAUUGAUCAUCAAGGUAAUGACUUCAAAGCACUUGUGUAUGAAUUCAUGUCGAAUGGAUGUCUAGAAGAAUGGUUGCAUCCUAAGAAUGAGACAAAAACACUGUCUUUUGUGAAAAGACUGAACAUAGCAAUUGAUGUUGCUUGUGCACUUGAAUAUCUUCACCAUUAUUGCGAAAUUUCAAUUGUUCAUUGUGACAUAAAGCCGAGCAAUGUACUUCUUGACAAAAAUAUGGUAGCCCAUGUUGGUGACUUUGGUUUAGCUACAUUUCUGUUUGAAGAAUCAUGUGAUUCUCCUAAACAUUCAACCAUGACAGCUAGCUUAAAGGGCUCUAUUGGAUACAUUGCACCAGAGUAUGGAAUGGGUGGACGCGCGUCUGCAGUUGGAGAUGUUUACAGUUAUGGGAUACUACUGCUAGAGAUUUUCACAGGAAAAAGGCCAACUGAUGAGAUGUUUGAAGGUGGCAUAGGAAUUCAACAAUUUACAGCCUUGGCUUUACCAAAUCAUGUCAUAGAUAUAAUUGAUCCUACAUUGCUACAUGAUGAAGAACUCGAUGGAUAUAAUGAAGAUUAUAGCGAUGAGAUAGCAUUAAGGUAUGAGAAUGAACUUGGAGAGUUGUCUAGUAUGGAGAAUUGUUUGGUUUCUUUGUUGCAGAUUGGAGUGUUAUGCUCUUCAACUUCACCAAAUGAAAGAAUGCAUAUGACUGAAGUUGUCAACAAACUGCAAGCGAUCAAGAAUUCAUAUUUAAGACUUAAUGAGUUAAUUUAG